CACUCAGUCAGUCAUUCUCCCCAGCCCGGCGCCGUCACCACCACCACCACCACCACCCCAUCUUUUUCCACUCUACUCUACAUACAACCUUCCUGGAACACACCAUCCCGCCACUUGAUCAUUUGAGAUCCUCUCUUUUGAAUCGAAUCCUCAGCUCCGGCAUUGACUGACCAACACACCACUCGACUCGUUGCCCUACAAUCCCAGCAGCCAUGGCUCCCCGAGCUGAAGGCAGCAGCACUCUUAAGAGAGCUCGCGGUUCUACCGACGACAACGAUUCCUUCAAGAAACCCCGUCGCUCCGAGCGCCUCUCCUCCCAGCGCACCGGCGACAGCCCCGAACCCAAGCAGAAGACGCCCCUCAAGACCACCAAACAAUUACCCUCUCCAGUCACCCACGACUCCGAUGAAUUCCCACAGGAUUCCAAAGAGCCCACUGCCACCCCUCCAGCCGGCCGUCCCAGCCAGCUGUCGCAAAUCAGCCCUCGCCCAGAAAACCAACAUUCUCAGUCGCAAGCGUCCCAGCUCAAUGACACUCAAGCCUUUAGCCAGUUGCCCGAUCUCGACAAGGCAUUGUCGGACGAGGUCGAGGAUGAAGUCAAGGAGGGAGUUUGGGGCUACCUGUUUCCCUUGGAUCCUAGGUACGGCGGCCGCUGUGUCGUCUUGAGGAGGAGGGCCGCUUGUCCCCUUCCAGAUACCGUCUCACAGGCGGUUGGCUCCAAGAGAGGUAAACGCGGCCAGAAGGCGCUGAUCAAGGAGGAGCACGAUUUGGACAAGACCAAGGUCAAGGGACUUCCAUCCGGUGGCUAUCUGAUCGGCCGACACCCGGAAUGCGACAUCCAAAUAGAGGACCCCAUCGUUUCGAACCGGCACUGCAUCAUCUUCACAGAGAACAAGGGCAACGAUACCAUCGCCGUAUUAGAGGAUCUGUCGAGUAACGGGACGUUCGUCAACGAGGCAAUAGUGGGUCGCAACCGAAGAAGAGAGCUCCAAGAGCUAGAUGAGAUCGCCGUUCUUGGCACAGCCCGCUUCAUCUUCCGAUACCCCAAAAGUCGACACACCAGCGCUUUCAGGCAGCAGUACACCAUGCUGCAGAAGCUGGGCAAGGGCCAUUUCGCCGAGGUCUACCUGUGUGUGGAGAAGUCGACGGGUACACAGUAUGCCGUCAAGGUGUUCUCCAAGACUCCUGGCGUCGAGGAGAGGUCCAAGGACGAGGGUCUUCAGCAGGAAAUCGCCGUGCUGAUGGGGGUUAGUCACCCCAACGUCUUGUGUCUCAAAGAUACCUUCAAUGAGCCCAACGCCGUUCACCUAGUUCUGGAGCUGGCGCCAGGAGGUGAGCUCUUCAACUACAUUGUCAAGAAGACCAAGCUUUCCGAGAACGAGUGCCGCAAGCUGUUUACCCAGCUUUUCCAGGGUGUCAAGUACUUGCACGACCGCAACAUUGUCCACCGCGACAUCAAACCCGAGAACAUUCUGCUGGUCGAUGAUGACCUGCACGUCAAGCUGGCUGAUUUUGGUCUUGCCAAGAUCAUCGGCGAGGAAUCCUUCACUACUACUCUCUGUGGUACGCCCAGUUAUGUGGCACCGGAAAUCCUCACCGACACGCGUCAUCGCAAGUACACCAAGGCGGUCGAUGUUUGGUCUCUCGGUGUAGUGCUGUACAUUUGCUUGUGCGGCUUUCCACCUUUUUCGGAUGAACUCACCUCGCCCGACUUCCCUUAUUCCCUUUCGGAUCAAAUUAGGCAGGGCAAAUUCGACUAUCCAUCGCCUUACUGGGACCCGGUGGAUGAUUUGGCUCUUGACCUGAUCGAUUCCAUGCUCGUCGUUGAUCCCGAGAAGCGCUUCACCAUUGACGAUUGUCUUUCUCAUCCAUGGAUGACGCAAAAAACGCCUGGCGUCAACGACAGCACCAACGGCCUUGUUAACGGCAUCGCCGGCCUCGACGUCACCAGGCGCGGCGUCCUCCGCGAGCGCACCCUCCUCAGCUCCAUCAACACAGUCGAGAUCGCCGACAAGAUCCCGCUUGGCGAGAACAAGCCCGAGCUGAAGAUCUACAAGAAGAAUCCCACGGAAACGGUCGGUGGGCCCAGCGAGCACGAACUUGCCGGUGCACAAGCAGGACCCUCCCGCCAAAAAGAGGCCAGACCCGAUGACAACAGAGACCCAAAUGAGUUUAUGAAGAUGGGUGGUAAGGGUGAUGAGGUACUCUUUGCGGACGAUCCGAAGAGUAAUUACCCAACCGCCAAGAAGGAUGCGAAGGAUAUUGUCGAGUCGACGACAAAGACGAACGGCAAAGGUAAGGGUAAGGGUAAGAAAAAAUAAUGGGUGUUAUAAUCACUCCGUACUUCUUACCCGGCCUCCCUUGACCAAAAAAAAACUUCAAUGAUGAAAUAUGGGUAUUGGCGUUUGGAGCAUUGCAUUUGGUUGGUAUUGGGUUGUAUCUGUGGGAUAAGGAGGACAUAUAUUACAACGAUGGAUGUUGGGGGGAUGGCAUGGAUCUGAUGUUCUAUGUAAUGGUAUGUCCAAACCAGGACAGGUCAUGACAUGUUUGUUGUUGUUGUUGAAGCAGGCAAACUAGCAAGCGGAUUUGGGAUUGUCAUUAUGGAUGCAAGAUUUCAUGGAUGAAGGACGGAAACUGGUACAUAUAUCACUGGAGCUUAAUCUCUUUUUUUUUUUCUCUUCCAUUUGCUUUUCUUUUUCUUCUUCUUUUUCGUCACUCCACGGUAUAUAUGUGGAUCGAGAGAGUUUAUUUAGUCAAAAAAGCGGUGCUGCAUGGGACUUUAAGCGAGGUUCUUGCGAAGACGAGAUUCAGUGGUAUACUAAGUUAUGUUAUUUGUAUGUAUGUAUGUAUGUAUGUGUGCGUGCAAAGUACAUUUGAGGACACCUAGAUAGCGUUUUGCUUCUUCAUCUUUUCCACCUCUUCAUAUGAUCACUUUGAUGAAAGAUGAAUGGGUUCUAUU